GUCUUCCUCUCUGUUCUUCUUAUGACCCCUCAGACUCAAAUAAUUGACAUUAUUUGAUCCGAACGCAGAUAGUUGACUAGAACCAAUUGAUUUCUGCCACGUUAUCGAAUUCGGUUUUGAUUAGCUCAUUCUCUGAGAUCCACCAUCACUCAAUUACACAACCAAUAACCGCACCUUCAAAAAUUCCUGAUAAGCUUCUCCUUGUUUCUCGACAAAAUCUGAGACACAGAGAGAAAAGGAAGACAUAGCUUCAAGAUCAGUUUCCGUUCAGUGGUUCACAGAUGCCAUAGCCAAUAACUCACGCCACUUUGAUGCUCAUUUUUAUGUUCAGAUAAAGAAAUCCUGUUUGUUUUUUCUUAUUUUUUUAUUAAGAAAAACAAAAUUAAGACCUGGCCGAGCUACCCAAUGCGAUUUAUAAUCAUGGGGUUUUGAUUUCCGUUUAAAUCUUCAAUCUUUGAGGAAAAUAACGCAACCCGGUGCGUUUGUAAUUUAUGGGGCAAAAGUGAACGGAACAAGAAAAGGAGAGAAACUGAAAAAAAGUGAUUUUUUUUUUCCAGAGAAAAUUGAAGUUUGAAGCUUGUGACGUGUUGUAGAAGAUGUCUUUGCUUCGUCGGAGAAAAGGACCGGAACCGGAAAAGGUUCCGGGUCCAAGUUCAGAGCCGAAUGUUCUAAGCGAAGAGGAGAAAGAAGAUGAUAAGAAUAAGAAGAGUAAGAAGAUGAAAGAUGAGUUGAGGGAGAAGAGGAAGAGGAAAUGGUCGUGCUUGGAUCACUGUUGCUGGUGGGUGGGGUGCAUUUGCACGGUGUGGUGGUUUCUUCUUUUUCUGUAUCAAAUGAUGCCUUCUUCGAUUCCUCAGUACGUGACCGAGGCAUUUACUGGGCCCAUGCCUGAUCCACCGGGCCUUAAGCUCAAGAAGGAGGGGCUCAGGGUGAAGCACCCUGUUGUUUUUGUGCCGGGGAUUGUCACUGGGGGGCUUGAACUAUGGGAGGGUCAUCAGUGUGCUGAAGGAUUAUUCAGGAAACGCUUGUGGGGUGGUACCUUUGGAGAAGUAUAUAAAAGACCUUCAUGCUGGGUGGAUCACAUGUCACUGGACAAUGAAACAGGAUUAGAUCCACCAGGCAUAAGAGUUAGGCCUGUCUCUGGACUUGUAGCUGCUGAUUACUUUGCUGCAGGAUACUUUGUUUGGGCAGUUCUGAUUGCUAACUUGGCUCGCAUUGGUUAUGAAGAAAAAACCAUGUACAUGGCUGCGUAUGAUUGGAGAAUAGCAUUUCAGAACACUGAGGUGAGGGAUCAAACACUUAGUCGGAUAAAAAGCAACAUAGAACUUAUGGUUGCUACUAAUGGUGGCAACAAGGCAGUUAUUAUUCCACAUUCAAUGGGUGUGUUAUACUUUCUUCAUUUUAUGAAAUGGGUUGAAGCACCAGCUCCAAUGGGUGGUGGUGGAGGACCAGAUUGGUGUUCUAAAUAUAUAAAGGCAGUUUUAAACAUUGGUGGGCCAUUUUUAGGUGUCCCAAAGGCUAUAGCAGGGCUUUUCUCAGCUGAGGCCAGGGAUAUUGCUGUUGCCAGGACAAUAGCUCCAGGAUUUUUAGAUAACGAUCUGUUUCGGCUUCAAACCUUGCAACAUGUAAUGAGGAUGACUCGUUCUUGGGACUCAACAAUGUCAAUGAUACCAAGAGGAGGAGAUACUAUAUGGGGUGGUCUUGACUGGUCACCAGAGGAAGGCUAUCACACUGGCAAGAGAAAGAACAGCGAUGGUUAUACUCAGCUAGCACACCAAGAGACAAAUGAAACACAUUCUGUCGUCAACUAUGGAAGAAUGAUAUCAUUUGGAAGAGACGUGGCUGAGGCACCCUCCUCUGAGAUUGAGAUAACUGACUUUCGGGGUGCCCUCAAGGGUCGCAGUGUUGCUAAUACCACGUGUCGCGAUGUGUGGACCGAAUACCAUGAAAUGGGAAUUGAGGGAGUAAGAGCAGUUGCUGAACAUAAGGUUUACACAGCUGGCUCAAUCGUAGACCUGCUUCAUUUUGUUGCUCCAAAGAUGAUGGCUCGUGGUAGUGCUCAUUUCUCUUAUGGAAUUGCUGACAAUUUGGAUGAUCCUAAAUACAGUCACUACAAGUAUUGGUCAAAUCCCUUGGAAACAAAAUUACCAAAUGCUCCUGAUAUGGAAAUCUUCUCUUUGUAUGGAGUUGGCUUACCAACUGAAAGAUCUUAUGUGUACAAGUUAACUCCCUUUGCCUCCUGUUACAUUCCCUUCGAAAUUGACCCUACACAAGAUGGUGGUAAUGGUGAAGAUAGGUGGCUGCAAGGUGGAGUUUACACUGUUGAUGGGGAUGAGACAGUGCCAGUUCUGAGCUCAGGCUUCAUGUGUGCUAAAGGUUGGCGUGGAAAAACAAGAUUCAACCCUUCUGGCAUUCGCACAUACGUUAGAGAAUAUGAUCAUUCUCCUCCAGCCAACUUGCUAGAAGGAAGAGGCACACAAAGUGGUGCUCAUGUUGACAUCAUGGGAAACUUUGCAUUGAUUGAGGAUGUUAUUAGAGUGGCAGCAGGGGCCAGAGGAGAAGAUCUAGGAGGUGAUAGAGUGUAUUCUGAUAUCUUCAAAUGGUCUGAGAAAAUCAAGUUGCCACUGUGAAUGAAUUAAGCACAAUGCCACAUUUCUUAAAAGGAUCACAUCAGAUUAUUAUCAUUUUUGGAGUAUAGUUUCACUGCCACCAGAGUUCUGUGAGCUGCACUUUGAAUUUCUGGUUCUGCUGAUCACAUUGUAGUUCCAUGGAGGGGUGAACUAUGCUAAUUGGUUACACUGAAAGUGCUUGUAUUGAAAAUGUUAUGCUUAGGAUUUGAUUUGUGUUAUGAGAAACCAAGCAAGGGUCAUUAUUCUCGAUAA